GAGGCUCUGAUUUCUGGUUCCUGGGGAGGGAAGGGCUGAGACUUUGGACGUUGAACCCACAAAGCUGGAGGAAGGAAAUUAGGGGCCCCUGAAGCUAAGGUGCGGCCUGCUAGGUUCUGAGGAGACAGGACGUGGCGGUUUGGGUAAAGAGCCCUCCAGAAGUGGCUCACCCAGCAGCAGUCCCAGGACUGAGAGCCCCAGGGAGUUUGGAGAGAGUCCAGCAUGUGGGGCCGCUUGUCCCUGAUGCCUGCCUUCCUCGCUGUGUGGGCUAUCUCCGGCGUCUGGAUUGUUUUUGCCAUUGCAGUGGCCAACAGGACUGUGGACCUCAGCAAGGGCUUUCCCUACAUCAGCUUCUGCGGAUCCUUCCCCCCUCAGAGCUGCAUCUUCAGCCAGGUGCUCAAUGUGGGAGCCGCUCUGGCCGCGUGGAUCUGCAUUGUCCGUUACCACCAGCUCCGGGACUGGGGCGUCGGAAGGUGGCCUAACCAGCUAAUCCUAUGGACGGGUCUUCUCUGUGCCCUGGGCACCUCCGUGGUAGGCAAUUUCCAGGAAAGGAAUCAGAGACCUACGCACUUGGCAGGGGCCUUCCUUGCCUUCGUCUUGGGUAAUGUCUACUUCUGGCUGCAGCUCCUCCUGUGGAGGCUGAAGAGCCUGCCCCAGCCUGGGGCUGCCUGGAUUGGGCCACUCCGCCUGGGUCUCUGCAGCUUCUGCACCAUCCUCAUUGUAGCCAGUAUCCUUCUUGUGUCCCGGGAAAGGGUUGGGGGUGGCUCUUCCUUGGAGUUGGUCUUCCUGCCUGGCUGUGUGUCACUGGGGACGUCUCUUCCUUUCUCUGAGCUUCUGUCUUUGCACGGGAUUAUGGCUCUGUGGUCGAGGGUGCCGACUUUGAGGUCACGGCACCUGGGUUGGAAUCCCCUGUCCUCCACAUCCCAGCCGAGGGAAGCUUCCCCUGGUUGUGGCUUCUUUGCACGGGAUUAUGGCUCUGUCAUCGAGGGUGCCAACUUUGAUGUCACGGUACCUGGGUUGGAAUCCCCUGUCCUCCACAUCCUAGCCGAGGGAAGCUUCCCCUGGUUGUCGCUUCUUGGAGUCAAUAGCUUCCUCGUUUCUCAAAUGCAGAUGACAGGGCUGACCCCAGGGUUGUGGAGUAGACAAGAUAAUGUGCCUAAGGUGCUUAGAUCUGCCCCUGGGAUACAGGGAGUGACCAGUAAACACUGGAAGAAUGACAUGCCAGUAACAGUCCCUUCAGGGCACCCACUCUGUGCCAGGAAUCAUGGUGGGUGUUUACAAGUGAAAACAGGUACGGGCAGGAAAGGUCUGUUGGCUGAGGCGCAUAGGAAGUUCUGGUGGGCUGCAGGUGGCUUGUGCGGGCUCUGAAGGGUACUGUGUGCAUUCCUGCUGACUCCAGCUCCUGUGAUAGCAUGCUAGCAGCUUGAAGUCACCAUCAUGGAAGUAUUUAUACUGCUAUAAUUGGCGAAUGCCACCAACCAGAGCCACUUGUUAAACAUUUACUAGCACACCAUAUAAUGGUUGACUCAGCCGGGCGCGGUGGCUCACGCCUAUAAUCCCAGCACUUUGGGAGGCCGAGGCGGGUGGAUCACGAGGUCAAGAGAUCGAGACCAUCCUGGUCAACAUGGUGAAACCCCGUCUCUACUAAAAAUACAAAAAUUAGCUGGGCAUGGUAGUGCAUGACUGUAGUCCCAGCUACUCGGGAGGCUGAGGCAGGAGAAUUGCCUGAACCCAGGAGGCGGAGGUUGCGGUGAGCCGAGAUCGCGCCAUUGCACUCCAGCCUAGUGCCUGGUGACGGAGUGAGACUCUGUCAAAAAAAUAAAAAAAAAAGGUUGACUCAAUUCCAACUCACUUCUUUUUUUCUCUGUCUUUCUCUCUCUCUUUUUUUUUUUUAAAAGAAAGAAAGAAAAAAAAAAAAAGACGGGAUUUCACCAUGAUGGCCAGGCUGGUCUUGAACUCCUGACCUCAGGUGAUCCACCCAGCUUAGCCUCCCAAAGUGCUAGGAUUACAGGUGUGAGCCACCGCGCCCUACCAUUCCAACUUGCUUCUUAGCCAUCCCUAGAACCCAGGAGCAUACUUCCAGGUGGGUCAAGUCCUUCUCUGAGGCCUCAGUUUCCAUAGCCACGACAUGGAUUUGCUUUUAUCAUAACAAUGAUGACGAUGAUGAUUUUUGAGAUGGAUUCUUACUCUGUCAUCCAGGCUGGAGUGCAGUGAUGUGAUCUUGGCUCACUGCAACCUCCACCUCCUGGUUUCAAGCGAUUCUUUGCCUCAGCCUCCCGAGUAGCUGGCAUUACAGGCACACACCACCACACCUGGCUAAUUUUUAUAUUUCACCAUGUUGGCCAGGCUGGUUUCCAUCUCUUUUUUUUUUUUCUAGACGGAGUUUCACUCUUGUCAACCAGGCUGGAGUGCAAUGGCGGGAUCUCCGCUCACCGCAACCUCCGCCUCCUGGGUUCAGGCAAUUCUCCUGCCUCAGCCUCCUGAGUAGCUGGGAUUACAGGCACGCGCCACCAUGCCCGGCUAAUUUUUUGUAUUUUUAGUAGAGACGGGGUUUCACCAUGUCGACCAGGAUGGUCUCGAUCUCUUGACCUCGUGAUCCACCCGCCUCAGCCUCCCAAAGUGCUGGGAUUACAGGUGUGUGCCACUGCGCCGGGCCCACAGGGAUUAAUUCUCCUAGGUAGAGUGUAGAGGAGGGGCCGCAAACCCAGCCUUGUUGGGGAGGGCUUUCUCAUUUGUGUGGAGGCCCAGAGCAUGCAGAAGAGAAUGGAGAGAAACCAGCUAAGGCCCUUUGUUGGUUGUAUUAAGUGCAUCCAUUUAUUGGGAAUUUUCUCAGCAAAAUGGAGAUAGUGACAUAUUUCUUGGAGUGACAAAGUGUAUCGUCACAAAAUAGGUGAGAGGGCUGGCCCUUCAGGCUGGCCUUUAGUGACCUGGGGUAUGAGACCAUCAGGUCUCCUUUGCAGGAGACGUGAUGCUGAUAAGAUCCAGACCCUGAUCUUGUAAACUAGCUCUGACGAUCAGUUUGGCUGCAGGGCCCUUCCUUCAGUGGGACUCCAUUGUCUGUUGGGUAGAGUAGGUAGGGGAGGGAACCAUAAAAGCAGCUGUGGUAAGGGCUGAAGUCUGCAAAGAUGGGCCUGAGACUGGCUGGAUUCUGAGCCUGGAUUCUGAGCUUGGCCUGAGCCUUGUGGGCUGGGAGGUUGAGGGCACACUGCAGGUACAUGCACGGACCAGAAAGACCAGGCCUAGGGGAGGAUGAGGCUGCUGGCAGGGCCAGGGCUGAGAGCUGUAAAAUAAGGGAUUAGAGGCUUGGGCGUCUGCCAGGUGGUGAUAGAGAGCCAUAGGAAGCUUAUGGUCAGGCACCAUGGCUCACACCUAUAAUCCCCGCACUUUGGGAGGCCGAGGGGGGCAGAUAACCUGAGGUCAGGAGUUUGAGACCAGCCCGGCCAACAGGGUGAAACCCCGUCUCUACUAAAAAUACAAAAAUUAGCUGGGCAUGGUGGCACAUGCCUGUAGUCCUAGCUGCUCGGGAGGUUGAGGCACGAGAAUUGCUUGAACCUGGGAGGCAGAAGUUGCAGUGAGCCAACAUCACGCCAUUGCACUCCAGGAUGGGUGACAGAGUGAGACUCAAUCUUAAAAAAACAAGAAAGCUUGUGAGCAGGGGAGGAACAGGGUCAGACCCGGGUAAGCGAUUUGUUUAGAGGCUCACACGUCUCUGCUGCUGUGAGACCCACAGGGCCAGGCAUGGUGUCUGCCUCAUUCACGGUUCACACCCUGCCUGGCACAGACAAAGCUUAGAAACCCUUGUGGGUUUUUUUUUUCAUAAGUGACAGUGUCACUCCGUCACCCAGGCUGGACUGCAGUGGCACAAUCAUAGCUCACUGCAGCCUGGAAUUCCAGGGCCCAAGUAAUCCUCUCAUCUCAGUCUCCUGAGUAACUGGGACUACAGGCAUGCACCAUCAUGCCAGGGUGAUUUUUUUUUUUUUUUUUUUGAGACAGACUUUCACUCUUGUUGCCCAGUCUGGAGUACAAGGGCUUGAUCUCAGCUCACUGCAACCUCUGCCUCCCAGGUUCAAGCCAUUCUCCUGCCUCAGCCUCCCAAGUAGAUGAGAUCACAGGCAUGUGCCACCAUGCUCGGCUAAUUUUUCUUUUUUUUUCUUUUUUUUGAGACGGAGUUUCCCUCUUGUUACCCAGGCUGGAGUGCAAUGGCGCGAUCUCGGCUCACCGCAACCUCCGCCUCCUGGGUUCAGGCAAUUCUCCUGCCUCAGCCUCCCGAGUAGCUGGGAUUACAGGCACGCACCACCGUGCCCAGCUCAUUUUUUGUAUUUUUAGUAGAGACGGGGUUUCACCAUGUUGACCAGGAUGGUCCCGAUCUGCUGACCUCGUGAUCCACCCGCCUCGGCCUCCCAAAGUGCUGGGAUUACAGGCUUGAGCCACCGCGCCUGGCUGCUCGGCUAAUUUUUCAUAUUUCUAGUAAAGGUGGGGGUUUCUCCAUGUUGGUCAGGCUGGUCUCAAACUCCUGACCUCAGGUGAUCUGCCCACCUCGGCCUCCCAAAGUGCCGGAAUUACAGGCGUGAGCCACUGAUUUAUUUUUAUUUUUAAAACAUUUUUUACUGGCCAGGUGUGGUGGCUCAAGCCUGUAAUCGAAGCACUUUGGAGGCCAAGGCGGAUGGAUCACCUGAGGUCGAGAGUUCAAGACCAGCCUGACCAACAUGGUGAAAUCCCAUCUUAAAAAAAAAAGAAAAAAGAAAAAAAACAUUUUUACCAUGACAGAUGAAGGUUUCUUUUUUUUUUUUUUUUUUUUUGGUUUUGUUUUGUUUUGACACAGAGUCUUGCUCUAUUGCCCAGGCUGGAGUGCAGUGAUGUAAUCUAGGCUCACUGCAACCUCCACCUUCCAGGUUCGAGCGAUUCUUCUGCCUCAGCCUCCCGAAUAGUGGGGACUACAGGCACACGCCACCACAUCCAGCUAAUUUUUGUAUUUUUAGUAGAGUUGGGUUUCACCAUGUUGGCCAGGCAGGUCUUGAACUCCUGACCUCGUGGUCCGCCCACCUCGGCCUCCCAAAGUGCUGGAAUUACAGGCAUGAGCCACUGUGCCAAGCCUAUUUUUUUUUUUUUUUAAGAGACCAUGUCUCACUCUGUUGCCCAGAUUAGUCUUGAACUCCUAGCCUCAAACAGUUCUCCCACCUCAGCCACCCCACAUGCUGGGAGUGUAGGCGUGAGCCACUUUUCAGCCCCUUUAGAAAUCCUUUUUUUUUUUUGAGAUGAAGUCUCACUCUGGUGCCCAACCUGGAGUGCAGCGGUACAAUCUCAACUUGCUGCAACCUCUGCUUCCCGGGUUCAAGCAAUUCUUCUAUCUCUGCCUCCCGAGUGCUAGAAUUACAGGCAUGUGCUACCAUGCCUGGCUAAUUUUUGUCAUUUUAGUAGAGACGGGGUUUCACGAUAUUCGCCAGGCUGGUCUCAAACUCCUGACCUCAGGUGAUCCACCCACCUCGACCUCCCAAAGUGCUGGGAUUACAGGUGUGAGCCACUGCACCCAGCCAGAAAUCCGUGAAUGAAUGGAAUAAAUGGUCCAGGAGGGGUGAGGAGGUGAACAGCUCUGCUGAGAAAGGUUCCAGAAAACAAGAGGUGUCUACUAGGCAGGAGCCUGGAGUCUGCAUGGGCUGGUGGAGCAGAAAAAGCUCUUAAGGAGCUGGUGGGAGGCGAGAGAAGCAGAGAAGGGACCGGGCAGACCAGGAGAGAAAGGCGCAAGAUGUGAGGAGAGGUCUGGAGAGAGGCAGGGAAGGCAGAUGGGACAAGAUUUGGGGUGACCGGUAGGGCUGGGGGGAGAGUCUGCCGGGGUACAUGAGUGGAUGGGGCUGUCACGGAGGAGGGGAUGCACAGACGGGGAAACAGAUUUUAGACGGAAGAGGUCAGACUGGGAGUGAGCAGCAGCGGCCUGUGGGCCCUGGGCAGUCGGGAGGAUGCUCUGGAGAAAGGCGAAAACACAGUCCGGGGCUGGCGGCAGGAGGGAGGCGUGUUUAGGAAACCCUGAGUGUUUGUAGGCAGGAGCGAUGGUAGCUGGGUCUCCUGGACAUGGAGGGAGGCAAGCAAGCAGGGCUUUCCUGGGUCAGGGAAGGGGGAUGAAAACGUUUUGGGAUAUCGGGAAUGCACUAGUAAGGAAAGCGUGUCAGGCACCCUGAGAUGGAGACGGGGCUGGAGAGCACCAGGGACCAAGGCUAGACACCAUUGGUGAGGAGGCAUGGAGGAAGGUGGAAGCUGAGGGCGGGACACCCAGAGACGGCCUCAGCCCAGCUUGAGGUGGCACAGAGAACAGGCCAGGCUCUGCGUCCGUCACAGCAGCAACGUGGCCCUUGACCCUGGGGCAGUGUUCGUCCUCCACGCCUACUCACUGCGUGGCGUCUCUGCGGCCUGCGAGUGGGUCGUGGCCAUGCUGCUGUUCACGCUCUUCGGUCUCUUGGCCGUGGACUUCUCCACCCUGCAGAGCUGCACCCUGUGUGUUCAGCCAUGG